AUGGUGUACAUCAACUUCCCUGUUUUAGACCUCUUGAAAAGCCCUGAGGUAGACCUUGAAGCAGUUUGUGACAGGAGGGCUUCUUGGUAUGCAGAGAUCAAACCUGCCAUUGGUGAAGAUGGAAACACCAAGCUUUUUGUGGCCUGCAGAUCUGCUGAUGUCCUGGACCUCCUGUCCCCACAGAUUCCCUGUGUCUACCUGCUGGACAGUGCUGAUGAAUUGAGGUUGUCAAAUGGAACUGGUCCCUGUUCUGGGAGAGUGGACGUAAAACAUGAGGAGCAGUGGGGAACUGUGUGUGAUGGUGACUGGACCAUAGAGGAUGCUGAGGUUGUUUGUAAGCAACUACAAUGCGGAUCUGCUGUUCAGGCCCUUAAUCGAGCUCCUUUUGGAGAAGGAUCUGGACCAACAUGGUUGUAUCGAGUCCAUUGCCGUGGUGAUGAAUCCACUCUCUGGAACUGCUCACAUAGAGGAUGGGGUGCUUUUACCUGCCCUCAUUACUUUGAUACUGGAGUGAUCUGCUCAGGCUAUGGUGGAUACAGGCUGGCAAAUGGCAGUACCACGUGUUCAGGGAGAGUAGAGCUUCUUCAUGGAGGCAUGUGGGGAACCCUGUGUGACUACUUGUGGGAUUUACCAGCUGCCAAUGCCCUCUGCCAGCAGCUGGACUGUGGAGUUGCCCUACUGAUACCAGGUGGACAGUCCUUUGGGAAAGGAAAUGGAUCUGUCUGGAAUGGCACAUUCAGCUGCAAGAAGAAUGGCUCACACCUGAGAGACUGUCCUGUGAGUGUGCUAGGUCAUGACGAAUGCCCUGCUGGAAAAGAUGCUCGUGUGGUAUGUUCAGGUGAGCAGUGGAAGGGUCUAAGAGGAGAACUGAAAAACUCCUUCUCUGAGGAAAAAUAUGGACCCAAAAUCCAGAGGGUGUCUGUGGAGCCAAGCUCCGUCUUUUGUCUGCUGCUACAGGCAUUUCCAGGAGUCGAGACUGCACUUCACCUGUACCACAAAGCUGGUCUCUGUGAAAUGCUCCUAGUGUCAGGGAAUAGCAAGAACAGGGCUGCUCCACAAGGGUGCCCAGGGGGCAGGUUGGUGAAUGGCACCACAUGCUCUGGCAGAGUGGAGAUCCGCCAUGGAGACACGUGGGGAAGACUCUGCCGCUCCCACUGGAAUUUGCAAGCUGCCAGCGUUCUCUGUCAUCAGCUGAACUGUGGCUAUGCAAAGUCAAUCCAGACAGGAGACCAUUUUGUGGACGGGAAUGGGCCUGUAUGGAGAGAUGCUUUUCACUGUGAAGGGACAGAGUCCUGCCUGCAGGAUUGUGCUCAAGUGACUUUGGGCAAUCCAACCUGUUCAGCCAGGGAAGCAGCCACUGUUAUUUGCUCAGGUCUUGCUGAAUCACUCAGACUCUCAGGUGGCGAGAGCCGCUGUGAUGGGCGAGUUGAGAUCUCACUCCAUGGCAUGUGGAGCAGAGUCCUGGAUGAUGACUGGGACAUUAAGGAUGCUCAUGUGGUAUGCAGACAGCUCCAAUGUGGAAUUGCCAAGAAAGCCUAUUACCUCCCAAGGUCUGAGCGAGGCAUGGGUCUUGUUGCCUUAAGAAGUGUCCAGUGUGCUGGAAAUGAGACUCAGCUGAUGCUCUGUAAGACCUCCCAUUCUCAGAGAGUGUCAACAGGAGUUGCUGAAGACCUGCGUUGUCUUCCUGCAGGUAGCAGACAGAUCAGGUUGGUGAAUGGAACAAAGCGCUGUGCUGGGAGAGUAGAGCUUUAUCAUGAUGGCAUCUGGGGCACCAUCUGUGAUGAUAACUGGGAUCUAUCAGAUGCUAAUGUUGCCUGCAAACAGCUGGGAUGUGGACAUGCCAUCAAGGCAUUUGUCUCUGCUCAUUAUGGCGAAGGCUCGGGACAGAUCUGGCUGGAUGAUGUGAACUGCACUGGGGCUGAAUCUGAUCUCUGGGCAUGUCCUUCUAGGGCAUGGGGCCAGCACAACUGCCAACACAAAGAGGAUGCUGGAGUCCUGUGCUCAGAGUUCCUGGCUCUGAGGCUGGUGAAUGGCAAUGACUGUGCUGGACGGCUAGAAGUUUUCUACAAUGGCACAUGGGGGAGCAUUUGCUCCAAUCAUAUGUCUCAACUCACUGCAAUAACUGUAUGCAAACAGCUGAACUGUGGAGAUGGUGGGGAAAUUGCAGGAGACUUCAAAUAUGGCAGAGGUUCUGGGCCCACAUGGCUGGACCACAUUGAGUGUACUGAGCAACAUAGCUCUCUCUGGCAAUGUCAGUCAGACCCCUGGGAUCCUCAGUCAUGUGAUAACCGAGCAGAAGAGACCCAUAUUUCUUGCACUGACAGGGAGAAGUUACGAGUCGUAGGAGGAGAGAAUGGAUGUUCAGGCAGAGUGGAGAUUUGGUACCAAGGUUCUUGGGGAACAGUCUGUGAUGAUUCCUGGGACGUGGCAGAUGCUAAUGUUGUAUGCAGGCAGCUGGGUUGUGGAUCUGCUGUGUCUGCUCUGAGUGAAGCUGCCUUUGGUGAAGGGACUGGUCCCAUCUGGUUGGAGAAGGUGCACUGUAAAGGAACAGAGCUGUCUCUUUGGGACUGUCCUGCCAAGCCCUUGUUCAGCAAAAACUGUGAUCAUAAGGAAGAUGCUGCUGUGAAUUGCUCCGGUUAG